AAUGCUUUUCUUUCACUGACCGGAUGUUGAUCUUAUGUUUUGUCAAACUCGUUACUGUCAUCGAUACUAUGUAGCUUCGUGCCGUUUUGGGUGAUACUUUAAUUUGUUUCUGAUUGGAAAGAAUGUUAAUCUAAUGUUACACUUAUGAUGACGUAUUACAACAUGUUUUGAAUCGAUGCCCUUGUGUAGUGCAGAACAAGUACUUUCCUUAUACGAUAUGGUUUGUGAGUGAAUCUGCGUAUUAAAUAUGCAACUUAUCUAGUAUCAGUGAAUUUUACACAUCCCGAUAUCGUUUUCCGUCGUACUGUAUAUGUUGCCGUUUUAAUGAGCGCUUGGUGUGUGUGCAACUCCGACGUGAUGGAAGGCAUCAUAAGCAGUACUUUCCCCGUGUGUUUUCUUCUCUGUCUGGUUGUUGGCUAACUGCCCAUGUUUUCAAAGGUCAUGCAUGCGGCCAGGCCUCUAACCUGCACUUUUGUACAAAUCACCCUAGAGCAAUUGUGCUUCUAGUAGGUGCAGGCUCUUCCUUCAUUCUUCCCCACUGCCUCCAACAGCCUAGAGUUCCCUAUGUUAACUCUGUUGAGCAUGUUUUACUAUAUCUGUCUGCGGCGACGCUCCAGGAGUGGGACUCGUGGUGAGGCACUGACCAGUCGGCGAGCAGUGGAGUCUGGCCAACGGGCGAUAUUGCCCGUCAGUGUGGAGGUGGAGCAGUACACCAAGGAGGUUUUGGACUUCAGCUCUCAUUAUGGCAGUGAGAAUAGUAUGUCUUACACAAUGUGGAACCUGGCUGGUGUACCUAAUGUCUACCCCAGCUCUGGAGACUUUACACAGACUGCGGUGUUCAGAACUUAUGGAACUUGGUGGGAACAAUGUGCCAGCGCGUCACCACGUUUCCGGCGCACACCUAAAAGUUUCUACAGCCAGGAUUAUAUUGAGCUGGGAUUUGAAGAGCCUGUUUAUCCUACAGCUGUGGAGGUGCUUGAGACUUAUUACCCUGGGGCUAUUGUCCAGAUUCUGGCCUGCUCGCAUAACCCCUUUUCCCAAAAUCCUCCCACGGAUGUCAGGUGGGAGGUGUUGUGGUCGGGGGAGCCCACUAAGGUGCUGGCACCCCAGGCUCGUCAGUUUUCACCUAACAUCAAGCAUAUCAGUUUUCCCACCAACCUGCUACGCCUGGAGGUCAACAGCUCUCUUCUGGAUUAUUAUACUGAACUGGAUGCCGUCAUCCUACGUGGCGUGAAAGAGAGGCCCAUGCUCGCGCUCUACAAAAUGCCUGUCAUUGACAUCAUUGACCUGAGUGACAGUGAAGAGGACCUUUCUGAUCUGGGCAGUCCAUUCAGACAGAGUGCAGACAGCAGGACAGGCAACGGCUACUUUGACAAACUACCCUACGAGCUCAUUCAACUGAUACUCAGCCACCUGACCUUGCCAGACCUGUGCCGUCUGGCCCAGAGUUGUAAGAUGCUACACCAGCACUGUUGUGACCCGCUGCAAUACACCCAGCUGAGUUUGCAGCCCUACUGGGCCAGGCUGAGUGACACCUCCUUGGGACACCUGCAGAGCCGCUGCACACGCCUCCAGAGGCUCAACCUUUCUUGGACUGGCAACCGUGGUGCUCUCACCCUCACUAGCUUCAGCAGUUUCAUGAAGGCGUGUGGGCUCAGUCUGGUGUGUCUGGAGCUGUCUUGCUGCCACUUCCUGAAUGAGGCCUGUUUGGAGGUCCUUGCCCAGACUUGUCCAGGGCUACAGGAGCUAAACCUGGCCUCCUGCGACCGCCUUCACCCACAGGCCUUCAUACACAUUUCCAAAUUUACACGUCUCCGCAGACUCGUACUUUAUCGUACCAAGAUUGAGCAAACAGCUAUUCUGAGCAUCUUGACUUUCUGCAUUGAGUUGAAGCACCUGAACCUCGGGAGCUGUGUCAGGAUUGAAGACUACGAUGCUGUGGCCAGUAUCCUGGCUGCUCGUUGCCGCUCACUAUGUUCACUGGACCUGUGGCGCUGCAGAAAUCUGACAGAUCGUGGUCUGAAUGAGCUUGUCUCUGGCUGCAGAAUGUUAGAGGAACUGGACUUGGGCUGGAGUCCCACUCUGCAGAGCAGCACUGGAUGUUUCCAGCACCUCGCUCGCAGCUUACCACGCUUACGCAAACUUUUCCUCACUGCCAAUCGCACAGUCCGUGACUCGGACAUCGAAGAGUUGGCCUCCAGCUGCCCCUUGCUCCAACAUCUCGACAUACUGGGAACACGGCUUGUGAGUGCCGCCUCAUUGAAGAAACUCCUCCAGUCGUGUCCAAAGCUGCUCCUCCUGGAUGUUUCCUUCUGCUCCCAAAUAGACACAAGGAUAGCUCAAGAGCUAUCCAGCCUCUUCCCCAGUGUAGCCAUCAAGAGGAGUUUCACACACUGACCCCAGCACGCUCUCAUUUAUCAUUGCCUUGAGAGAGUCGGAGGAGGCACAGCAGAAGAUGGAGAGACGCUUUAGUAUCACAACAUCUUCUAUUAGCGGUCGGCAAAUAAGGCAGUCAACUUGGGGAUGAAGGUCUUUGGAUUGGAAAGGAACAAAAAACAAGUCAAAAAUCAACCACAAACUCAGAACCGGAGGUCGAUGAAAUUCGAAACUCAAGUACUUUGGGACACAGUGAAGCAACUGCAUCUCUGGAAUGUGAAACAGCACUUAGGAAUGAUCAGGACUUUGGUCAGUGCCUUGUCAGAUUGACCAUUAAACCAGUAUCAUCUUGCUAUGCCGGAAGAUAAAAUUCCCAUGAACUUUCAGCAGGUUUUGUGCUCGAACUGAGCUGUAUUUGGAACUGUUCAUAAUUCCCUCCGCAUUGACUAAGGCCCUAGUUCCAGCUGAAGAGAAACAGGCCAAGCAUGAUGCUGCCAACACCAUGCUCCAUUGAUGGCGAUGAGCAGUGUUAUUUGUGCCAAGCAUACCUCUGGUAUGAUAACCGAAAUAGUCAACCUUACUUUUAUUGGACCAUGACAUCUUGACUGAGAAACUCUUCUCAAUUGCCCGACCCGAUUAAACGAAGAAUCAUUAAAUAGAAUAUACACUUUUCCCACCUGCGUUUUGGAGAUUUCAUCGUGUUUUUGCAAAAAUGUCGCCGGGGUUUGAAUGUUUUUGUUUUGUUGUUAGCCCAGAUAAGCAGACAAUAGAUUAUUGUGACAUGUACUCAAAAGAAAUACCUGAAGCUCUUUCAAUGUUGAUCUUAGCCCACUAAGAGCCUCCCUGACCCGUUAUUUUCUCGUCUUUGAAUCGAUUCUGGAAGACCGUCCAGUUCUGUGGUAUGCCACUGUUAUUAACCAGAGGGACUAUAAAUGGCGGCAGGUGUGUGCUGACUCCCAUUUAAUAUGACAGAGGCACAAGGUGGAGUCCUCCCAUCUCCAAAACCAGCACUUCUCAGGAAACCAAAUAAACGGCAUGUUUGUUUCGCCGUUAACAUUGCAUUGUCAAAGAAGGCAAACCAUUUUCAACUCUGAUCAAUGAUUUGUAAAAUUAGCAGACACACUUAGGGACCGAACAAUAAACAAAACAUUGAAUUGACCAAAUUUCGACAUACCGAGUUUCGGCUGAUGCCGGCAAUGAGUUUGCAUCAGAGAUGAAACCAUUGUUCGACAAUGAAUCGAUUACCAAUGCAAUUGAAAUCAGUUUUUGAUUAUCGAUUAAUUGUUUAGAGAUCUUAUUUAAUUUAAACGUGUCUGAAUCCUCCUAAUUUCAGCCUGUCAACAGUAAAUACUCCCAGAUUGUAUUUCUGUCCUCCAUGAAAGCAGACAGGUUAUUUUGUUGAAUCAAAAUGAAAUAUAUGCAAAUAUCUGCUUUUACUUUGGAAAACAAUGAUUAACAGUUGGACAUUUUCUGACAUGACCAAAUCAGUAACUGAAUCAGAAUUUAUUUAUUUGUGCAUUUUCUACACUUUCAGUUGGAAAUUAUGUCCUGUUUUUGAAUAAAGGGAUGGAAAUCAAAACCACAUUUUAAAAUCCAAUUCAUUGAUUAACCGCCAAAAUAAUUGAAUUAUAAUCGAUGAUUGAAAUAAUUAUUUGUAGCCUUACUUUGAAUGGGACCCCACAUAUCUAUCAAUCAAUAGAUAAAUACACACACACAUUGUGUUCAGUUGUAAAAUCUAUAGGUCACAUGGAUGGUGGAAGUUAUACAGUAUAUAUAUAUAUACAGUAUGUAUAUAUUUAUUCAAGUUAAUUUUAAAUGAAUGUGAGGGAUAGGAUGCAAUACGCUGAACAGGCGUUCUAUGAAAAUGUAAAUACAUGCGUCAUUAUGCAAUCGUGUUACUGGAAAUAUGUAAUUUGAAAUACAGGGGAAACCUUUUAUUUCAGAUGUUUUGCAAUGACAUCAACCAGUCAACAAUUUCAUUUCUUCAAAUCAAAGACUUGCGUGAAGGAAAAUUGUGGAAUUUGAUCAUCUCAAAGAGUCAAUAUUAAGUUAAAGGAAGUCUGUGUUUUGAGAGAGUGAUGACUCAGUGGUCAAUAAAUGAACAAAAAAAAACUUGAAUACUUGGCAUGUUAAGACUAUUUUUGUUUACAUUUUCAAAAACAUUGGAGACAUUUCCUCGAACAAUGAUUGAAUAGUUUUCCAUGCAUCGAUAAUUCAUUUGUGGUCAGCCUGACUGAUCCAUUCAAUUUGUUUGUGUGUCUUGUACUUCACCAAAGACACUUUUAAGUACAACACGAGUCAUGACAUGGCAAAUUAAUGUCGACGUAACCAGGACCCGAUAUUUCUCUUGGGACACGACCUUUUUCCCCGUUGUCCCUUGGUGUGAGCUACCGGCCAUUGCGGUUUGACCAUUUAGCUACCUAGCAACCAAAGAGAAGUUAUGCUUGACUCAAGACAUCCUAAAAUGACACGAUGUCAUACUAUUUUGACCAUUUGUUGUGCAGCUCAGAGGUUCAUCUCGUUUUCUUUUGUACUGCGUUUGCUACAAAUCGACACAGGAGACAUACAGUAAUAAGCAUACUACCGAUCACUGUUUCAUCGCUGAAUUAGCUUUACUUAUAACUCACUCAAUCCCGGCCAUUUUCACUGGAGCAACCGCCUCAAACCCAGCGUUUUACUGGAUUUUGAUUGAUCUCGCGAGGCCUACAGAAUAUUUAGUUCUAAUGCUAUAUAAACAUGGAGCCUACCAAAAUAAAUUUUGGACUCUCUUCUUUCAGCAUAAUUUUUUUUUCCAUUCUUCAGCAAUCAGCAUUACAAAAUGGCUAAGUUUCAAGAAAAUGGCGAUUCCUGGGCAAAAAACGGAGAAGAAGAGCUUUUUGUGAAAGCAUGCAUUUCAAGCACGUGAGGCACUACUGUCACCUACUGGUCGCUUUUUUUUACAUAAUUUACAAUGUAAACGGCUUAUUCUUAUUCACAGAUUGCAUCAGACCCUCCUCCUCUCUAUAACACAAAACAAAAGACUUAGACGUACAAGUACGUCCUUGGUAGGUGGGGCCUAAUUUUAAAAAGACGUACAAGUACGUCUUGUGGAAGGAAAGCGAUAAAUGUGAUGUAUCAGGUUGCAUAUCUUUUGGAAUUUAGAAAAUGGUGCAACCAAAUCCACAGGAAUCCAGUGUGAGUUAUUUAAUGUUUAUCAUACUUCAUGUGUACAUGUUUCAGCAGCUCAACUUUUGGCAAUUGUUGUUGUACCUCGUAGCCAGAGCAUAACACAUCAGUACUGAUAUAUUGGUGCACAAUUGUGCCUUCUAUUCUUUUUGACAAUGACAGUGUUUGUUUUGUUUGAUUGAUUGCAUUGCCGCCAAUGUGAUGGCAAGUUACUUUCCCUGUCACAACUUGACUUGUCGAUACACAUGAGGACAAAAUUGUUUGUAUCCCUCUGUCACGAAACAAACCCCCAAAAAAUAAUAAAGAGAUAAAAUCAUUUCAAUAAUCGUAACAAUAAAUGAAAAUGUAGUAAAAAUCAACCUGUGAAAGUCA